GAAGACUGUCUUUCGCUGUCAUGUGUGUUCGUUUCUCCGCGCUGUCUGUCUGUCUGUCUGUCUGUGCACAUGUAACGCUAGGGCUUUGUGUCUGAGGAGUCCAGGUCUGUGCAGAUGAAUAAGAGCUACCUAAUUGUUUCCUACACGAGUUUUCCAGAGCUGAAGAAUCUACAAUGGAGGUGCUGAUGCAUCUCUGCCACCACAAACUAUGCCCCUUGCUGCCUAGAACCUUGAGCAGGGCAUGUAGAAGAAACCACCACUGCACACCACAGCCUUCUCACUCAGUCCAUGCGCUCGCCAAGCCAGUUGCUCCUACACCAUUGGUGUCCCGUCUCUUCCAACCCUCAAACCUUCGAGAAGGCCAGGAAGGAGGGGACAUGACAUGUCGCAGUCAGAGACUGAUGCUCCAGGCUGGCCUCAUUCACCCUUCCAACCCAGGCUGCUUCUACUAUCUCCCUGCUGCCCUGCGUUCCAUGGAGAAGCUGGUGAGGCUUAUUGAUGAAGAGAUGCAGGCCAUUGGAGGGCAGAAAGUGGACAUGCCAGCGCUGUGUGGGGCGGAGCUGUGGAAGCGUAGUGGACGCUGGGAGCUCAUGGGUAAGGAGAUGUUCAGACUGCGAGAUCGACAUGAUAUUGACUACUGCCUCGGCCCGACACAUGAGGAGGCGGUCACAGAACUGUUGGCUUCGCAGAGUACCCUGUCCUACAGACAACUUCCACUACUUCUUUACCAGGUCACCCGAAAGUUUCGUGAUGAGCAGAAGCCAAAGUUUGGGUUGCUGCGGGGCCGGGAAUUCUACAUGAAAGACAUGUACUCGUUUGACAUUAGCGAAGAGGCUGCUCUUCACACAUAUCAGUCUGUGUGCCACGCUUAUGGCCGCCUUUUGGACCGGCUUGGUCUGAAGUGGGUACAGGUGCAGGCUGACACCGGCAACAUUGGAGGAACGCUUUCUCAUGAGUUUCAUCUGCCAGCUGAUGUAGGAGAAGACCGUUUGCUUAUGUGUGGGAAUUGUGGCUUCUCUGCAAACUUUGAAACAGUAGAACCAGGACAAGCUGACUGCCCUCAAUGCCACACAGCGCCUCUGGUGGAGUCAAAAGGCAUUGAAGUAGGACAUACUUUCUACCUUGGAACAAAAUAUUCCCAAGUGUUUAAUGCCACAUUUACCAGUGCUCAGAACAAGCCUGCAGUGGCAGAGAUGGGCUGUUUCGGCCUUGGCGUUACCCGAAUCCUCGCUGCCUCCAUUGAGGUGCUGUCCUCUGAAGAUUCUAUUCGUUGGCCUAGGCUGCUCGCUCCUUAUCAGGUUUGCAUCCUGCCUCCUAAAAAGGGCAGCAAGGCCAAUGAAGCUAUGCACCUUGCUGAGGAACUUGUCCAGAGCUUAGGAAACAGUUUACUAAAUCUAAAAGGAGAGGUGGUCCUGGAUGAUAGGACUCAGCUCACCAUUGGGAAGCGGCUGAAGGACGCUAAUAGGCUAGGCUACCCUUAUGUUGUGGUGGUAGGACAGAAGGCCAUGGAGGAGCAGCCAGUGUUUGAGGUAGUGUGUCAGCAAAGUGGGGAUACUGUGUUUCUCAGCAAAGAUGGCCUACUGGACCUCUUAAGUGGAGCAGAGACAAUAUGAUGUACCUAAACUGAAAUACAGUGUUACUUUCAUGAAAACGUACAGUCUGUAUGUGUGCUGUCAAUUAAAAUGGGGUAAGUAAUAUUUCAAAGGGAUGUUUAUGCACAUACUGGUGAUUGUGUGUACUGAUUAUGGAGAUGUUAUCUGGAUUGAUAAACUUUUAAUAAAUAUGUUCUGUUUCUAA